AUGCAGGUGGAUUUCUCUACGUUUUUCAGGCUUUGUUUUUCUUCUCUUUUCUAAAACUCGAAGCCCUCAAAUCCGAAAGGACAGCUCCCAAGCAGAAGCAUAGUCAGACUUUGUCCAGGGCUGAUGGUGGGUGCUCUGUUGGCAGGUGCUUCUGUAGCUUACCCAAGACUGCAGAGAGUGCUGCUGUUUCAGAGAGUCUGCUGAGGGUUAUGGCUUUAAGGGCAUGCGGCCUCAUCAUAUGCAGAACGCUGAGUGGGAGUGCACUGAAGAUGGGGGAUGAAAUAGAAUUCCUGCUGCUUCAGACCUCUUAUGGGAAACAUCACUGGACUCCCCCCAAAGCCUCCCCUCCUAGGACAUGUGGACCCUGGGGAGGAUGACCUGCAGACCGCUCUGAGGGAGACGCAGGAAGAGGCGGGGCUGGGGGAGGAGCACUUCCGCAUUCUGGAGGGCUACAGGAAGGAGCUGCGCUACAUGGUGAAGAGCCAGCCCAAGACUGUGGUGUACUGGCUGGCGGAGCUGUGCGACAGCGGCACUUCGGUCCGGCUGUCCGAGGAGCACCAGGACUACCGCUGGCUGGGCGUGGAGGAGGCUUGCCAGCUCUCAGAGUAUAAGGACAUGCAGGAAGCCUUGAGAGAGGCACACAGCUUUAUACUGAACAGACAACAGCCAUCCUGAUCUACACACACACACUCACACGCACGCUAACACAGAACCUGCCUGUCUACCGGACAGAUCUGAAUCUGACUUCAUUGCUCGUUUUGUCUGUAGCAUGCUUGUUGUUGGUGAUUGUUACUGUACUAAACAAAAACAUAAGUGUGUUUUGAUAAAAAAAAAUAAGAAAAAAAAUCUGGUAAUAAAUCUUGUAAUGAGAAAAAUAAUAAAUAUUGGUGCCUGCACUAUCCUUUAAA